ACCAGCCCAAUUCCCCGUACAAGGCGACUGUUUGGACACGAUGGUUUGGGAGGUGGUGACCCCUGCUGUGCUGCCCUGUGACCCCAAACACCCCGAGCCUGAGGGCCAACACACAGAAGUGAUGAUGGAUGCAGAUGGAGACCAGACACAUGACCUGCUCCGCUGUGAGGAAGUCCUCUCCUCCUCACCUAGUUUCCCGACCAGUGACAGUUACAUGGAAUACGACGACCUCCCAGACCUGCAGGAGGUUCAGGAGGAGUCGGAGCCAACGGCGCCACCUGUCUACCAGGUAGACGUGGGCGUGUCGCACCAGGAGCGACAUGUGCGUGCUCAGCAUCCGGACACACACUGGCUGACUCAGCUGGCUCACAUCGCCACCGGACCUCAGAGCCCACUGCUACGAGGGUCUACCAACAGCAGCUCCCCUCCGGCCUGCGUCUCCCGGACCAGCAGCAAUCUACAUUCCUACGCCCGGCCUCCUCCCACUCUCACCCCGUCGCCCCCCAGAGGUCACAACAGGGAGCGCCGGCGCGCCAAGAGCAGUGAAUGUGGCUCCGCGGUGUCGACCAGAUCCUCUCUGUCUGAUGAUGAAGAUAUGGGCUGGAGCUUUUCCUGUCCACCCACAGCCUGGCACUGCUUUCUCAAAGGCACUCAUCUGCGUUUCCACGGCGGCUCCAGCGUGGAGUGGCAGAACGUGGAGGACCUGAACUCGGCCAAGGGACACUCUGGUCAUGAGAAGCAGUCCGGGUCUCUGAAGAGUUAUGGCUCUGAGGGUCUGCAGCUGGUGGAGCAUUCAGAGACUGUGCUGUCUGGUCAGGCUGUCCUUCUGUUGACCUUUGACCCCGUUGCUUUCGGACAUGCUCCAUUGAGCGCCAGGUGCCAACUCGACCACCCCUUCUACGUCAAAAAGAAAGGCUGGUCAUCAUUUCACCCGAGCUUGACAGUGGUGCGUUAUGGGAUACCGUGCUAUGAAAUGGAGGUAGGAGAUGUGUGCCUCCCUACGGGACACAGAGACGCCAAACAGACCGAUGACUCGCUGGUCUUUGACACAUUCAGGAGUUAUGAUUUCACACCUCUGGAUUCCUCUGCGGUUUACGUGCUGAGCAGCAUGGCGAGACGGCGGCGUGCCUCGCAGUCCAGCGGGGGAGCCAUUUCUCCAGAUAGAGACACAUCACGAGACGCCCACGGUCCCGGUCACUCCCACUCUACUCGUCAAAAGCCAACCAAAAGCCAGCAAGCCGUCGCAUCAGGAAGCAACAACGCCACGCCCACCAAGUGCAAGCGGCCAAUGAACGCCUUCAUGUUGUUUGCCAAGAAGUUCAGGGUGGAGUACACACAGAUGUACCCGGGCAAGGACAACAGAGCGAUCAGCGUCCUCCUCGGGGAGCGGUGGAAGAAAAUGCGAAGUGAGGAGCGUCGGACGUUCACCGUGCAGGCCAAAGCCCUCGCAGACGAACAGAAAAGACUCAACCCAGACUGCUGGAAACGCAAACGAACCAACUCUGGCUGUCAGGGAAAUUAAGGCUGCAGACAGGAAGAGAAAACAGUCUGUAGGAGAGCACACACACACACACACACACACACACACACACACACACACACACACACACACACACACACACACACACUCACACACAUCUAUUAGUGACAAGGAAAAGAGAGCUUUGCGUGACCGAAUACGAUGCCUCAAUAUUUUAAUCUGUUGACAACAGAGUGAGGACUUCUCACGGAUCUCUUUUGUAGACAUUUUGAGCCGCUCUAAACAUAUUCCUCUCCCUUCCUCUUGCUUUUAAAAGGUGCUAAAUGUAACAUAUUUUUAAGUAGCAUCAAUCAUUAUGCGUGUAAAGUAAUUAUAAAAGGCUAUAAAAUAACAUUUGCCAUGCCUUUUUAAUGCUACAGAGCACCGCGGCGUCACCAUACAGAGACAACAUUUUUCCCCAAAUGCAAUAACAAAGCAGGUCAACCAGAGUUUUACAAUGUGUGUGACUGUGACAAUAAAAAAAAUGAAUUUCUCAUCACGUGUUUGAAACAGGUGGAAGUUAUGGUGCUGUAGCAUUUUAGGUAAAGUAGACGAUGUAGCUAUUUUCCCAAAAUUAUAUAUUAUAUACAAAGAAAUAUAUCAAAAGUAUUUUUCUUGCCUGUAUUACUUGCAUUUGCACUUGAGUGUAUUGCACAAGACUACAUAAUUUAACUUUUUGUGUCAUUUAUCAUGUAAUGCUUAAUAUUAUAAUAUUAAACUAAUUGUACACCAUAAAUUCUCAAAUAGUGGCCCUAGCGUUUUAUUCAACUCAAACUUAACUUACUGGCCUCACACAGAGAUACAGUUUGAAUCUCUGAAAAGUGAGUUAAAAACACACCUGCGAUUACCACUUACUGCCAUAGGUGUCGCCAAAGAGUACGAAACGGAGAUCUUUGCGAUUGCAGCUUAAAGAGAGAAUCAGGCCUUUAUUAGUUAUGUCAAACUUCGACAAUUAACUAUUUUAUCAACCAUAUUUUCCUGUAAGAAGCCUCCCAGUUUUCCAACAUGAAAACAAUGUCAAGCAGUUCAGGGGGCAAAACGCUUUCACUUCUCUGCAAGGCUUUUAUUUUGAAAAAGGUUUUUAUGGUAUUUAAUAUGUAUUGUCACGAAACAUAUAAAAUGGGUAUGUUACAGAAAGCUUUCACUAAAGCCCAGGCAGCAGGAGACGCAAAGAUUGAAAUCGUCAGCCAUCAACUUCACUGCUGAAGUGUCCUCCAUUCUAACGUCUCUAUGUGCCAGAACACAAUGUCUAGCUGUGUUUCUAUCAGAGUAACAUUAUAUCUGUGUAUAAUCAAAGAAACAUUAAUACAGCUAAGGCUUGACUGAGUUUCAGGAAAUUUCCAGAGAGCGACAGCUUCCACUGGCUUUCACAAGUGGUAAAAUAUAAAUUAUUUUAUUCAGCGUUUGUCUUGUUCCUAAAUAAAGUUAGGCAGGAUGAUGUGCACACAGAGAAAAUUCUAAACAUUUUGUGACCAGACAGAGUUUAAAGGCGACAAAAAAAGUCUACGUGGUUGCAGAUCAAAAGUGAACUUAUUGCCAUUAACUUGUAAUUUUAUAUUAUCAGAAAUCAGUAAAAACAAAUAUAAGAUGUUGUGUUUUAAUCAGGAUAUUGUCUUAACAUGCACCUUGGAAUCAUUUUGACAUUCAGUGCUCCAUCUAGUCUCUUAAAGUAUCACCUUUGGCUCAAAUGAUGGAGGUCUAGAGAAUUAUUUUUAUUUUUUAUACUCAUUUAGUUUGAGUUUGAAACAAAGAGGGUUGCUGUAAUAAAAAAUAAAAAAAGUAAUGUGAUAUUAUCUUCAGUACUGAUUGCAUGUAAACAAAACCACUGCAAACAUGAAAAUAAUUUGUAAAGUGACAGAAAUUAUUAUUAUUAUUUUACAGAAAUAGUAAAAACAAUUGAAUAAUUAUAAACUACUCCCCAGUGUGGGCACUCAUAAUCUCACUGCAUAACGAGGUUUAUUCUUAAUGCACUAUAUACACUUUAUCUAACGUGACUGCUACAGUAUAAUAUGUGUCAUGGCAAACAUUAUUAUGAUUAUAUAGAAAUCUAUAUUUUUUUGGUUUCGACUUAAUCCUUGUUAACAUUUCAUGGUUGUGCAUUGACUAUUAAACUUCUGUUUGUCUUUACCAUUGUGUCAUGUACAGGUUGAUCAGGGGAGACAAUGCAAUACAGCGUAUAUUAAUAUAAAUAAAAGCAUG